AUGUCAGAUCAAGAAAGUGAAAUUGGUGUUGCGGCGCGGCUUUACGAUGAAGUAUUGAACUCUACUUUGAUUGAUCUGAACGGGCUAAUUAUAAUCAUGAGGAUGAUGGAUUAUAGCAAUUGCUACCCGGAAGAUCCACAUGCAGUGAACUUUGCUGGUCAGAGAGGAUUUCUGAAACUAUUGAAGUCAGGAUUCAAAGAAACAUUGUUCCCUGACGAUCCCUUCAGGGAAAUUAAGAAAGAGGAGAAGCCAUUGUUUAGAGCUAUAAAAUGGCUUCAGUACUUGGUUCCAAUCUUCCAGUGGCUUCCGACAUACACUUGGCGCUUGUUCAUCUCCGACUUCUUCGCUGGCAUCACCGCCACCAGUAUCGCCGUUCCCCAAGCCAUCAGCUAUGCCAAACUUGCUGAUCUUCAUCCCAUUAUUGGCCUAUAUACAUGUUUUGUGCCACCUAUUGUGUAUGCUAUAUUUGGGAGCUCAAGGCAUUUAUCAGUGGGGCCAAUUGCAUCAGCAUCAUUGCUUAUAUCUCAAACUAUUUCAACCGUGGUAAGGCCAGAAGAAGACCCCAUAUUGUAUCUUCACUUGGUUUUGACAACUACGUUUGUUGCUGGCCUCUUCCAAACUUGUUUGGGUUUCCUCAGGUUGGGUAUAUUAGUAGAUUUAUUAUCGCAUUCAACCAUCACAGGUUUCAUGGGAGGGGCAGCAGUAAUGCUUACCCUCCAACAGCUGAAGGGCAUUUUCGGCUUGAAACAUUUCGCACAUAAAACUGGCGUCACAACUGUGCUCAAGUCCAUAUGGACCUAUAGACAUGAGGCACGUAUGAACAUCACAGUUAUGGGUUUGUUCUUCCUUGCUUACCUGCAGUUUACCAAACACCAGAGAAAUAGAAACCGGAAACUCUUUUGGCUAUCAGCUAUGGCUCCCAUGACAACUGUAAUAGUCGGUGGCGUCUUUACUUACCUCGUCAAUGGAAAACGACAUGGAAUUCAAACUGUGGGUCACCUGAGUAGAGGAAUAAAUCCUCUUACCAUCAAAUACUUGAAAUUUGACAGCAAAUAUUUAGCACCGGUGCUGAGAGCAGGUUUUAUCACGGGUAUUUUGUCCAUGGCGGAGGGCAUAGCAAUAGGAAGAAGCUUUGCUGUGGUUGAAAAUACGCCUCAUGACGGGAACAAAGAGAUGAUAGCUUUUGGUCUUAUGAACAUGUGUGGUUCUGUUACUUCAUGUUACUUGACUACCGGACCAUUUUCGAAAACGGCAGUGAAUUACAUUGCAGGGUGUAAGACUGCGAUGUCAAACUUAGUACAAGCAUUCCUAGUAGCACUCACGCUUGAGUUUUUGGCUCCUCUUUUUGGUUAUACACCUCUUGUUGUUCUAUCAGCUAUCAUCAUCUCGGCAGUGCUGGGCUUCCUUAAUUAUGCUGAAGUUGUUCAUCUUUAUAAAGUUGACAAGUUUGAUUUCAUAAUUUGCAUGGCUGGUUUCUUUGGAGUAAUCUUCGUAGCCUUGGACAUUGGUCUCAUGAUCUCUGUGGGUCUUAGCAUUCUUAGAGCACUAUUAUAUGUGGCAAGGCCCGAUUCAUGUAAGCUUGGAAAGUUACCUGACUUGGGUUGCUAUCGAGAUACUGAUCAAUAUACAGUUUCAACACUCCCAGGGAUUCUAAUUGUUCAACUUGGUUCUCCCAUGUAUUUUGCGAAUUCUAAUUAUGUCAAAGAAAGAAUUAUGAGGUACAUUCGAUGUGAAGAAGACACUACUGGAAUUACUGUUGAGCAGAUCAUACUGGAUUUGUCAGGAGUGACAUCCAUUGACACCACUUCUCUUGAAGGAUUAUGGGAAACAAAUAAAACUAUUGAAAAUAAUGGAAUGCAGUUGUCAUUUGUGAACCCAAGGAUAGAGGUAUUAGAGAAAAUGGUAGCAGCCAAAUUUGUUUCGAGGGUUGGGAAAGAAUCAUUUUUCCUUACCGUAGAGGAUGCAGUGAAGGCAAGUCAAAUAGCACUUCGCAAAUCGAGGGCAAGUAAUUCUGAAGAUGGAGUUAGAGGAACAACAAUUCAUCAAUCUGCAGUUGAUUCUUGCUAG